GUUGUUUACUUCUGUUGAGUAGCUGGUGGUUUUGUUUAUAGGUUCGCAUAAUUGGACCCUAUUAAACCCAAGCACUUUCGAAAUAACAACGUUUCAAACAUUUUUUUAACACAUUGUCUUACGGUGGAUGUUGAAACUAAUGUGUCCAAGUAACGAAACGAUGAAAUAAUCAAUCAAUAGUUCCGAUUGCUAAUACUUCAAUUUCACAGUUGUACCGUUUUCAAUGUAUUGAAAAUUAAUAGCUCGAUGUAUCGAAACAUUUACAUUUAUCUUCUAUUCGUACGUUAUGUAUUUUCUAUCGUUGCACGAUUCGAAUUGCCAAACAGAAUCACAAUUUAAACAAACCUUACAAUGUUUAUUUUAAUAUUAAAUAAAAUUUUGCCAGCUCUGGUUCUUGCACCGUGGUAAGGCUAGGUUCCUUUUAAUUUAUCUGACUCGUGGAUAUGUAUGCAAAAACGAAGAUAAUGUUGCGAUUAAUGGGUAACCUAUUUGUCCUAUAUUAUCAGCAACAUUUCAUGAUUUAGCAGCCAUAUGUGUUUUUAUUAUCUUGUUGUAACAUUGUUAUUUUACAAACUAAUGCAAAACGUGGCAUACAACGUUAUUAACUUAUGCAUAUGGACAGUGUAUUGUAUGUAUUAUUUUGUGUAAAAUAGAAAUAAAUUGUUUUACGAUUUAAUGACACUUUUAUCCACCUUUUUAUGUUCUUCGUUUUAACACAUAAUGAAAGUUACGUUAAAAAAAUGUAACUUUGCGAAAGUUACCAGUGUAAUAUGAUCCAAAGUUGUAACCUAUGUUUUUGCCUGAUAUUAUACAUUGGUGCAUCGAAGAAGUCUCUUUAAUUUGCUUGUACUGUGUUUAAUAGCUUCCCUCGUUAAAAAUGUAAUUAGCUUGUGCAUAAUUCGGAAAUUUUUCAAUCAGAAAAUUUGAUAAAGAAGCGUACAUAUAUCGUACGCGAGCACAGAUUGGCUAGUUUUAAAUUCUAAACCGACAGUGUGAUGGAUGGUUUAUAUAACAACGGCUAUAUUGCGUAGUGUGACUCAAUACGUAGAAGAUGCGUCGUUCCAGUCUAAAAAAUGUUGUAUUAAUCUUAUAAAAUAAAUUGCUAACAUUUAUUACAUAAUUAAUUAUUAAUUUCGAUUUAAAUGUAAAUAAAAUAUAGAGAAAACUAUUGUAUUUUAAUUUGUGAAAUAUAUUUUUUAAAUAAAUUUUUAUAUUGUCAAUUUAAUACUGUACACUGAAAAUAAUACUCAUUAAAAUAUGACUGAAUCAAGUCCAUCCAAACGAAGGAAAACAUUGGAUCUCUUGACAAAGUUUAAGAGUAAUAGAGAGAAUACAGCCGAAUGUGUCAUGACAUUUAAUUUUAAAAAAGAACGCGUUCGAGUAUUGAAUAGUUUGAAAGAUGUUAAAAAGGAAUGUAAAGGUAUUUUAUAUUGGAUGUUUCGUGAUGUUAGAAUACAAGAUAACUGGGCUUUGCUUUUUGCUCAAAAAACUGCUUUAAAAAACAAUGUACCACUUCAUGUAUGUUUCUGUAUAAUGCCAAGCUUCCUCGAUGCUUCAAUAAGAUACUAUAAAUUUCUCCUGAAAGGAUUGGAGAAAGUUGAGGAGGAAUGUAAAACAUUGAAUAUAAAUUUCCAUCUUUUGCAUGGAGAACCAAACAUUGGCAUUCUUAAAUUUGUAAAAACAUUUAAUAUGGGUGCUGUGAUUACAGACUUUUGCCCAUUGAAAUUGCCUAUGUCAUGGAUCAAUGAUUUACAGAACAAUCUUCCUAAAGAUGUUCCUAUUUGUCAAGUAGAUGCACAUAAUAUUGUGCCCUGCUGGUGUGCCUCGCCGAAAGAAGAAUUUGCUGCUAGAACAAUUAGAAAUAAAAUACAUACAAAGCUGGAAGAAUUUUUAACUGAAUUUCCACCCAUUGUAAAACAUCUGUAUGCGACAACAAAUAAGUUUGAAAAGAAUGACUGGGAAACAGCUUUACAAAAUGUAAAAGUAGAUACAUCUGUGGAUGAAAUUACAUGGGCAACGCCAGGGUAUGAACAUGGUAUUAAAGAACUAGAAAGUUUUAUACAAAAUCGUUUGAAACAGUACGCCGAUAAACGUAAUGAUCCGUUGUCGGAUGCUACUAGCAAUUUGUCUCCAUGGUUUCAUUUUGGUAUGAUAUCUGUACAACGUUGUAUUUUAGAAAUACAGGAAUACAAAAAGUUAUAUCCGAAAUCGGUCCAAUCUUUUAUCGAGGAGGCUGUUACACGGCGAGAACUUAGCGACAAUUUUUGUUUCUACAAUGAAAAUUAUGAUCUUCUUGAAGGAGCUCAUGCUUGGGCAAUAGAAACAUUAACCAAGCAUCGAGAAGAUAAAAGAAAGUAUGUGUAUUCUUUAAAUCGUUUGGAGAAUUCCGAAACCCAUGAUGAUUUAUGGAAUGCAUGCCAAAAUCAAAUGGUAACAACAGGAAAAAUGAGUGGAUUUUUGAGAAUGUAUUGGGCAAAGAAGAUAUUAGAAUGGACUGCAACACCUGAAAGUGCAUUAGAAACGGCUAUUUUCUUAAACAAUAAAUAUAGUAUAGAUGGUUGUGAUCCUAAUGGUUAUGUAGGUUGCAUGUGGUCUAUAUGUGGUGUACAUGAUCAUGGUUGGCCAGAGAGAGAAAUAUUUGGAAAAAUAAGAUACAUGAAUUAUGAAGGAUGUAAAAGAAAGUUUAACAUUAGUGAGUUUGUCACCAAAUGGGGAAAGGAAGAGAAGCGAUAAUGUAUCGAAAUAAGGCAACUAAAUGUCA